AUGAUGAACUUACUACGCCUAGGAGCUCUGCUCUCUGCUCUUCAAUUUUCUUUGGCGGUGGACGUAUUCCUUAAUCCUACACCCUCUCUGCUGAGGACUACACUCUCCCCCGAAGAUGCUAGCUCAGCUCUAUCACAACAUCUUGGCCUUGAGAUUUUCGAAGUUCUCCAAGACCAAUCGAGACCAGUGUAUAAUGAUGACUCCAUAGAAUUCGUUGCUACUGGGCUGAAGAACGCUCUGAUUGUUACCAUGGAGCAUUCAGACGCCAAAGUUAUCCUGCCAUCUUCUCUUCCUCCUUCAUUCAAAUUAUCCUUGCCUUAUGCUCGUAUACCAUCCCUCUCUUUGGUUGCAAGUACAUAUAUCCGUCGUGCCAAACAUGCUUACUCGGCGAUCUAUGUGCCCAACUUGUCCAUUUGGAAUCCUUUCGAGUUUCUCUCAUUGGAAGCAUCCUUGAGUGACGCAGAGGGCUCUAUAUUUGCAGCGCUAGAUCUUGCAGCUCUUGCAGACUUGCGUGAGCAGUAUGGUGCUGACAGCAUUGAGUAUGAACGUGCCGCGGAAUUAACGCGUGUAUUCUUACAAAAUGCUCUUGGAAAUGGCGAGCAUCUUCAGCUUGCUAUUCUAACUUAUUUUUCGACUCCUACAUACCCUCAACGUCGAUCUACUCCUUCUCAAGUACCUUUACCCGGCCACGCUCCGCCUCAGGAACCUAUUGGCUCGAUUUCCACCUGCUUCACCAGCGCGGACUCUUGUAGCAAUGCUACUUCUUCUUGCUCUGGUCGAGGCCAGUGCGUUGAGGCUUCGAAAUCUGGACGAACCUGCUUCGUUUGCACCUGUUCCGCGUCGAAAAAAGGAGAGGGUAACAAGGUCAAGACCGAAAUAUGGGUGGGUGAAAGCUGUGAGAGAAAAGACAUCAGUGGGCCCUUCGUCCUUUUUGUCGGUCUGACCCUUGUGAUGCUCAUCUUGGUCUUUGGCUCCGUCUCCCUACUCUAUGGUGUAGGAGAGCAAAUGUUGCCACCUACCUUGACCGGUACCGCUGUAAAUGCAAAGAAGGAUUAG